AUGGGAGAUCAAGGAGUACAACAGAUGCAACAGCCUGUUGUUGUGUAUCCAAAUGCAUACACUAAACAGUAUCCAGACCCAUCUGCUUCAUCAUCAUCAUCGUCUUCUUCCUCUGGCUCACGCGGUUCCUUCGGGACGGUCUUCAUAGUCCUAGCCGUGAUCCUUGUCUUGUCGGUUCUGGCUUGCGUCUUCGGGAGGCUAUGCAACCGAGAAGGCCGUGCGGCUAAGCAGCAUCAUAGCAAGCAUCCAAAGCAUGAGAAAGGGUCGUCUAAGAAGAGCCGUGAGAUUCGGCCUGUGGAGCGUGAGCCGAGGGAGAGAGGUGAUUUGGAGUUUGGGUUGGAUAUGAAACGGCCUGGGCCAAUUGAGAAACCCUCUGGAAGAGACGGAGAUGACAUAGAAUUCGGAUUUGAUAACAAGAGAGGAGAAAGAGGCGGAGGAGGAGGAGGUCCUCCUCCGAGUAUCAAACAUGGAGUGAGGUUUAAGUUACCGGAAAAUGGAGACCAUCAUGGUAAAGGCGAAAUCAGACAUGGAGGUCCUGAUUUCGAGUUCCGACCAGGACACUAA